AUGCAAAUCAUCUGGCGCGACUCGGCUGACCCGGCCGUCUACGAAGAAGCCCGCGUGGGCCGAGUAUUCAACCACCGUCGACCGAAGCGCUACCCGCUCGCCGUCGUAAAAGCAACCUGCGUGGAGGACAUCAUUGCAGCAGUUACCCUCGCUAAAGAACGAAACUGCCGCGUCGCUGUCCGCUCCGGCGGCCAUUCCUGGGCGGCGUGGAGUGUACGCGAUGAAUCGAUCUUGAUUGAUCUGGGCAACUUCAAACAGUGGACUGUGGAUUUCGAAAGUCGAGUCGCACAGGUGACGCCUAGUGUUACGGGCCGGGAACUGAACGGGAUGUUGGUCGAGGAGUAUGGGUUGAUGUUCCCUGGUGGGCAUUGUCCAGACGUGGGGCUUGGCGGGUUUCUACUGCAGGGUGGGAUGGGCUGGAAUUGUCGGGGAUGGGGUUGGGCGUGCGAGAGAGUCAAGGCGAUCGAUGUGGUGACCGCCGACGGGGAGGCGCUACACUGCAAUCAAGAACAAAAUGAAGAUUUAUACUGGGCGGCUCGCGGGUCUGGGCCAGGUUUCCCUGCCGUCGUCACAAAAUACCACCUGGACUUGAUACAGUAUCCUAAGCACGGAUUCCGAUCCUCCGGAUAUUUGUAUCCUCUGAGCAAAUACCACGAAGCAUUUAACUGGAUUGUUGGCAUUACCCCUACAUUCGACAAGGAUACCGAGAUUGUCGCCGUCGGCUUGUAUCCAGAGAAUAGAGAUGAGAUCUGCCUCUUCAUCCUAUUCGUCACACUAAAGUACACCGCGGAAGAGGCAGAAGCAGUCCUUGCCCCAGCCCAUGAAUCCAGACCAGAGGGUGCGAUCCACGAAUGGGUCUGUACGGAGGACAGUCUUGCGGGCCAAUACAUAUCACAAAAGAAGGCUAACCCCGAGGGCCACCGCUACUGCGUCGACAACGCCUAUCUUCAGAACGACGCCAAUGUGCCCAAAGUGCUCGAAGAAGCAUUCGCCACACUGCCGCAUCGAAAGGCCUUUGUGCUUUGGUACGCUAUGGAUCCUUGCAGUCGCCGGGAUUUGUCGGAUAUGGCCCUCAGCGUUCAUUCGGACCACUACUUUGCUAUCUAUGCCGUCUGGGAAGAUGAGGAAGAUGAUGCGCGGUGUCAGGGCUGGGUUAAGGAUGUGAUGCAGCGAGUGGAGCGGCAUUCUGUGGGUGCUUAUCUUGGGGACUCGGACUUUCAGGAGAGGCAGACAAGAUACUGGGCUCCGAGUAACGGUCAGCGGUUGAGGGAGAUUCGGAGGAAAUGGGAUCCCGCUGGAAGGAUAUGUGGGUAUUUGGACAAGGGCGAUGUUUCGGGGAUAAGGGGUCUGAAGAAUGUCCACGAGUGGGAGGCUGUGAACAAAGACGGUGAGCGACCAUAG